AGCUUCGGAGCCCGGCUCGUGGUAAAUGGGCGUGACUCACCAACGUUGGCCCCCACCCUCCCUCGUCUGUGGCGUCAGCGGGGGGCGGGGCUCCAGUCAAGAGAGAGCGAACGAAACACGACACCAGAGGACGGAGGCAGGGGGGUGGGGGUGAGGAGUCGCGUUGAGUGGUGUGAGAGUGAGUGGAGGGACUAAAAAGUCCGUGAAGAAACAGAGGCGGCUCUCCAACCUUCAUUUCUGUCAAAGAAGUCACGGAGCUUUGCGGCAGAGAGAUGCCAAACAGCGACGAAGAUGCAGCGGAGACGGAGUAAACUGCUACCGGGCAGUUAGCGAGAGAACUUGGGAAAGAGGACAGAGAGAGCAUUACGGCUGCCUCCAAUCGGGACGGCGGACCGUUUUCCCCCCGCAAGUUGAGCAGAUUCAAAACUCCACGAGUUACGGGAGGACAAACUGGUUCUUGGAGGCAAAACGAGUCUUUUUCUCCCCCCUUUAUUUGAGUGGUUUGCUCCAGAGUCUAGAGCGCGCGCGGCAGCUCGACAGGAGAGCCGCCGGAGCGGUAGCUUAGAAAGAGAAGAAAAAAAGUUCAGCCGUGUGUCUUCACCUAGUUUUCCAGAGCGGGAGGAAGAGGCCGAGCGACUGACUUCUUUCCAAAAGCGACUUCGUGGAAUUCUUCCAGCUCAGUUUUCCAGUUCUGUCCUGCUGAACAACUCAAGCAGAAAGAAUGAAAACACCUGGAGACACUGGGUUUGCUUUUCCAGAAUGGGCCUACAAGCCUGAGUCUAGUCCUGGAUCCAGGCAGAUCCAGCUGUGGCACUUCAUCUUGGAGCUGCUCAGGAAGGAGGAAUAUCAUGAUGUCAUCGCAUGGCAGGGGGACUAUGGCGAGUUUGUCAUCAAGGACCCGGAUGAAGUGGCCCGACUCUGGGGAGCCAGGAAGUGUAAACCACAGAUGAAUUACGAUAAACUCAGCAGGGCAUUGAGAUACUAUUAUAACAAGAGGAUCCUGCAUAAAACCAAAGGAAAAAGGUUCACCUAUAAGUUCAACUUCAACAAACUGGUUUUGGUCAACUACCCCUUCAUCGACAUGGGCUCCACUGGAAGCAGUGUUCCUCAGAGCGCCCCUCCCGUCCCAACCGGUGCAGGAACCCACUUCCGAUUUCCUCCCUCCACUCCCUCGGAGGUCCUCUCGCCCAAUGAGGACCUCCGCAGCCCGGGGGGCAUGUUCAGCUCUGUGACGCGACGAAUGGCGCGCGGCUCUGUUAGUGACUGCAGCGAUGGCACCUCCGUCAAUUCAGAGAUCGAGGAGGGGAACUCGGGGGCGCCGGACGAGAGGGGGGAGAGGGGUGUGAGCGGAGGAGGAGGGCCCGGGGGUGGAGGAGGUUAUCGGAGCAUCAUCCAUCCCCGUCUGUCUCACGAGACUUUAUUCCGCAUGUACGGAGGGCCAGGUAACCCUGCGGGCCACCCGGGAUCUCGCGGCCCAACGGGUCACCGUAUUCAUCAGGAGCCUCUGUCCCCGUUCCCUGUGUCUCCCCUUCCAGGGCCUGGGGGAGCCAGCCUUCUAGCCCCUCCUCUGUCCCCAGCACUCUCGAUGACCCCAACGUCCCACCUCCCUUACACCCCCUCACCGACCCUGUCCCCCAUGCUGGGCUCCCACUUCUCCUUUAACCCAGAGGACAUGAAGCGCUACCUGCAAGCUCACACCCAGUCCGUGUACAACUACGGCCUCAGCCCCAGAGCGUUCCUGCAGUACCCCAACAUCGUCAUCCCGCAGCCCCACCGGCCCGCCGCAGACAAGGCCGCCCUGAACGCAGAGCGGGGAACGGCGGAGAGAGCCGAGAGAGCCGCCACGGCCGGAGGAGAGAGGGGAGGGGAGAGGCACCACCAUCCAUCCCUGGCUCACUCCGCCCACCACCUCCCACAUCACCCUCACUCUGCCCACCCUCACCCCCAUUCCCAUCCAAUGCAUUACCCACUCCACCUGGGUGAGGAGCCGCCACACAUGUCCCCCUUCAAGUUCAAGCUGCAGCCCCCGCCUCUAGGCAGGAAGCAGAGAGAAGGGCAGAGCCAGAGCAAACCCCGGCAGAGCUCGCUGUCCUCAGGAUCCGGAUCCAUGUCCUCUACCUCCGGCCUGGGCUCCUCGCUGUCCUUCGGCAGUGACCUGAGCUCUGCCAGCGGCUCCGGCGUCAUCUCUGCCUCCUCCUCAACGCAAUCGCUAAGUAGUGCAGGACUCCCCAAGAUAAAGGUGGAGCCCAUCUCCGAUAUAGAGUCGGAGGAAGAGGUGGAAGUCACCGACAUCAGCGACGAAGACCCCGAUGAAAGAGAUGAAGAGUAUGAGCACUUCUCCCUUCGCCAUUCCAGAGCUUCUGACCAUCAGCAGCCCAACCACCGCCUUGCUAACGGCACCUCAGCCUCCCAGCAUCACGAGGAGGACCUGGACGAGGACGUCUUCAAAGCCCCUGCUCCCCCGCCCCCGGGCCUGAUGCCCUUCUUCAGCUCGCAGCACCCUCACUCCAGCGCUCAGCGAGGACUGCCCGCCGUCAAGAGCGAACCCGCCGAGCCGGGGGAGAGCAACACCUCCCCGUCUCAGACGGCUGCGACCGGAGCUGCACAGACUAAGUGCAUCCCCCUCAAGCUGCGCUUCAAGAGGCGCUGGAGUGAAGACCAGCGCAUGGAGACUUCUCAGGAGGAGUCGGACGACAAAAAAGUCCGACCAGAAGAGGAGAGGGAAAGAGGGAAGCAGAGCAACGGCUGCAUGGAGAUGGAGGAGGAUGGGACGGGCAGCGGGGAGGGGGACAGUCCUCCACCGUUAGCCUACGAGGGGUCUCUAGGAACGCCGCUGGCGUCACACCAGAGGGUGAGCGCCGAGCUGCACCGUGCCACGGCGCAGCUGUCUCUAGAGAAUAAAGACUGCUGAUGAGAGCUCGGCGCCGAACUCCGCUGCUCUGGCAGUAGAGGAGGUGGUCAGGGAGUAUGUAAAUGGUUCCUCUGUAACCCCCCCUCCCACACUGACGAACCAGAUUCCUGAAAGCCGCAGUGAGUAAAACUAACACCUCAAAAACCAGCCCACUCUGCUCUGGUCAGACACACCUUCAGUCCGUUGAGGGGGGUCAAUGAUUGUAAAAUCCACCUCCCAACCCAGCCGGUCAAACCACUGAUGCUCUGCCCCGGUAGCAUCACCAGGACGAACACUUUCCUCAGGGGACACGUUCUCUGUCAGUCCAGCAACACAUCUGCAAGGAUCACAUGCAGACCCCCCCACCCUCUUUCCAACGGGACGACGGGACCUUAAGUGCCUGUGCCCAAACCCCCCUCCCCUCGAGAGCCCUGGAGCGCACAUUAACGUAUGACGCAUGUGAUGGAGUUGUGCGGUCUGAUGGGGGGGCUGCGGGGUGUGGUCUAAAUCCAGCCCACUCCACUCAGGGAAGCCAAUCGCUGUAUGUUUAUUGGAUCCAUGUGCACACAUGAAAAUAAUAGUAACAGGGACUGGGGGGGGGGCGUCCACCGCU